AGGCUUCUCAAAGUUCAAUAAGAUUUAUGAAUUUGACUACCAUAUUUUGGGAAGUAAUGCUAAAAUGGUGAUGACAUCACUGUCAGGACAUAUGAUGACUUUAGAUUUCACAGCCAGUCAUCAAAAAUGGUAUAGUUGUGCUCCUGUAGCCCUGUUUAGUGCUCCAGUUACAAAAUAUGUUGGUGAAAGCUAUCUCCCUAUUAAGAGGACUUUAGAGAGAGAGGUACGAGGCUGUCAGGUGUUGAUUAUAUGGACUGAUUGUGACAGAGAGGGUGAAAACAUUGGCUUUGAAGUGAUAAAUCUUUGUCAAAAUGUCUGUCCAAAUAUCCAAAUUUACCGUGCAAAGUUUUCAGAAAUUACUCCUGGCUCGGUUUCAAGAGCAGUCCAGAACCUUGUUCAACCUGAUUUAUUACAGUCACAAGCAGUAGAUGUUAGGAUGGAGCUUGACCUAAGGAUAGGAGCUGCCUUUACUCGGUUCCAGACACUGAGACUGCAAAAAGUUUUUCCAGAUGUUUUGAGUGAUAACCUCAUCAGUUAUGGAAGUUGCCAGUUUCCAACAUUAGGAUUUGUUGUUGAAAGAUAUAAACAGGUUCAGCAAUUUGUUCCUGAAGUAUUCUACAAAAUUAAAGUUUCUCAUGAGAUGGAAGAAACAAAAGUGGAUUUCAACUGGAAGAGAGGCAGACUUUUUCACCGCUUGCCUUGCCUGGUCAUCUAUCAGAUGUGUUUGGAGAAUCCUACAGCAAAGGUUCUUAGCACAUCAUCCCGUCCCAAGAGCAAGUGGAGACCUCUUCCUUUAGACACUGUGGAGCUUGAGAAACUUGCCUCUCGAAAGUUGAAAAUAAAUUCCAAAGAGACAAUGAAAAUAGCUGAAAAGCUCUACAAUCAGGGAUUUAUCAGCUAUCCUCGCACAGAGACCAACAUAUUUCCAAAGUCAUUGGACUUACGACCCCUUGUUCAAAAUCAGACUGUUGAUGGAAACUGGGGAGCUUUUGCUGCUCGCGUGUUGGAACGAGGCCCGAGCCCUCGGCAAGGCAACAAAACAGACAAUGCUCAUCCUCCCAUUCAUCCAACAAAGCAUACAGACAAUUUACAGGGAAAUGAAAAAAGAUUGUAUGAGUUCAUAGUGAGACACUUCUUAGCUUGCUGUUCUGAGGAUGCUAAGGGUCAGGAGACUAAUGUGGAGAUUGAAAUUGCUGGAGAGAAGUUUACUGCCACAGGUCUAAUGAUCACUGCAAGGAACUAUCUGGAAGUUUAUCCAUAUGAUAAAUGGAGUGAUAAGACAAUUCCAGUCUACAAUCAAUGUGAAGAAUUUCAACCAAGCUCUAUUGAGAUGGUUGAUGGGGAAACCAAACCACCUCCUUUGUUAACAGAAGCUGAUUUGAUUGGUCUGAUGGAGAAACAUGGCAUAGGCACAGAUGCCACUCAUGCCGAGCAUAUUGAGACCAUCAAGAACAGGUGCUAUGUGGGGGUACAGCAAGAUGGGACCUUUCUACCAGGACAGCUGGGAAUGGGACUUGUGGAAGGUUAUGAUUUAAUGGGAUUUGAGCUCUCUAAACCAAGACUAAGGUCCGAACUUGAAGCAGAUUUAAAGAGAAUUUGUGAAGGAACAAGAAAUAAAGAUGAUGUACUUGUUGAACAAAUAGCAAAGUACAAGGAACAAUUUGUCCAAGCUGUGCAAGAGGCAGUCAAAUUGGAUCAAGCUUUAACACCAUACUUUGGAGAUCCUCAAGAAUUCAUUGAUGAAGUUCUCAGUAGAGGGGAUGAGAGGGGAACAGAACCUAUGCGGCUUUGUCCAAGACGUAAAACAGAACAAAUGGUGCUCAAAAAGACCAAAGAUGGAAGCUACAUGAUUGGUUGUCAAGGGUAUCCAAGAUGUCGAGCCAGCAUUUUCUUCCCCAAAUUUGUUUUAGAGGCCUCGGUUGAUGAAUCUCUUUGUCAGCAGUGCCAAACUGGAGAUGUACAUAGAAUAAGGUUCAAAUUUAAGAGAGGUUCUGUUCCACCAAUGAUGCCGCUAAACUACACAGGUUGUGUUGGUGGAUGUGAUGAAACUCUAAGAGAGAUGCUGGAUUUGAAGGACUUAAAAAAACUGCCAUCUGAAUCAGGUGGUUCAAACCCAACAGGAAGAGGAAGACAAAACCCUCAGCCCAGUAAUAGGGGUAAUAAACGUACCCCAGGGCGUGGUCAAGUAGGCAACAGAGCCCAAGGGGUUGUGACCAGGCCUCCUACAACACCUCAAGUUACAAGACCACCUGCUCAAAGAGGAAGUGGAUUUGUACCAAAUGGUCAAAGUCGGGGGCAGAAUAGUGGAAACAGCGCAUCAUUUUCUGGAAGUCAUAAUCAAUUUCCAUCAGCUGGCUCAGAUAAUGGAGGUGAUGAGAACUGUGUUGUUUGUUCUUGUGGACAACCUGCAAUGAUGCUGACCGUUAAAAAAGAUGGACCUAAUAAAGGUCGGCCAUUCUAUAAAUGUUCAAACAGAGACAAUGGUUGUGGUUUCUUUUUAUGGGCUGAUGAUGAUUCUAGCGGUUCGUCUUCAACAUUUGGUCAAACCGCUCCUCUGAGAUCAACUAGCAACUUCAACAGGAAUAGUAUAGGAUUUAAUUCUGACAGAAACUCGACUUUCCCAGGAAGCAGUGGAUCAUCGAAUACACAAGGCUCUGGACCACCUUGUCACUGCAGUGAACCGGCCAUCAGUCGCACAGUUUCCAAAGAAGGAGCAAACAAAGGUCGACCGUUCUACUGUUGUGCUAAACCGAGAGGCCAGGGCUGUGAUUUCUUUGAAUGGGGUGACACAACAGGGUCAUCAGCAGCUAUCAGCAAGUUUAAACCUGGAAGAUCUGCUUCGUCAAACAGUGGAGGGGCAAGGAAAAGAAGAUGUGGCCUUUGCCAACAAGAAGGCCAUACCAAGCGAACCUGCCCCAUGAACCGAUAAAGUCACUGUACGCAGACUUCGACUUUUUUAUAUGUUGAUUUCAAUAGGAUUGUAAAUAGGGUCCUAAAGAAAUAUUUCGAGAAAAAAAAUGACUCAAACUCUGUUAUGAAACAAGUCUGUGACUGAUGUUAUACAAUAUAUCUAUUGUAAUAUUUAUCUGUAAUUCUGGUUUCCUUUUGUUGCAGGAAGUGCACUUUUACGCUGCGCUUAACGAAACAGUGUAAGAUUUAGUGCGUCCAUUAAGUUAAAUUCCUUGAUCUAGAUAUCGCCAAAGAACAAAGCUAAACGUAACUCUGUUUACUGCACUACAAUACAGGUUGAGAUCACGUACUGAAAGGUGUAGGAAUAUUGUGUUUGUUGCAUUUUACGAAAGAGGUGUCGGUUGAAAAGGACUCCUUUGAAUUAAAGUGUUUACCUCAGGCCGGGCGUUAA